AUGGAAGACCCCUGGGCCGAUUCGGCCAGCCCCUCGGAGCCGCUCGGCGCCUCCUCGCAACAAUCCGCCGAUGACAAGCCCACGACCACGACCACCACGACCACCACCAUCACGGCGCCGGGGCCUUCCCCAACCUCCACCACAACCCCAACAUCCGCCCGCGCCUCCCGCCUCACCCCGCGCCGCCUCGUCGCCCAGCCCACCCGCCUCCAGGCCGUCGAGGACGACCCGCUCGGGCCCCUCGGCGCCUCCGCCACCCCGUCCCCCCCAGCGACUGCCGACGCCUCAACAGCAGCCGGAGCGGGAGCGGGAGCGGGCCGCGCGCCGCCGGCCCCGCCGCUCAAAGAACAGCUCCCGCUGCGCACGACCAUGCCGCCGGCCGCCGCCGCCGGCGGUGGCGCGCACGCGGGCAACAAGUACCGCGCCGGACCGCCUGAUAUGCAUCGUAUCGACGACGACGAAGACGAAGACGACGGCGCGGCGGCGGGGACGGGGAGGCGCCCGCCGCCGGUGCAGGCCGCGCUGCCGAGCCCCGUGCGCAGCGCGACGCUGCCCAGCGUCAGCGUCGAGCAGGCCGCCCGGCCCGUGUUCCAUAUCUCCGUGGGCGAUCCGCAUAAGGUCGGGGAUCUGACUAGUAGUCAUAUUGUCUACUCGGUCAGGACCAAGACGACGUCCAAGGCGUACCGGCAGCCCGAGUUCGAGGUCAAGCGGCGGUAUCGCGAUUUCCUGUGGCUGUACAACACGCUGCAUGCCAACAACCCCGGCGUGGUGGUGCCGCCGCCGCCGGAGAAGCAGGCCGUGGGCAGGUUCGAGAGCAACUUUGUCGAGUCGAGGCGGGCCGCGCUGGAGAAGAUGCUUAACAAGAUCGCGGCGCACCCGACGCUGCAGCUGGACGCGGACCUGAAGCUGUUCUUGGAGAGCGAGGCGUUCAAUGUGGACGUCAAGCACAAGGAGAGGAAGGAGCCGAGCCUGGGCGAGAGCAAGAGCGUGCUGGGCUCGCUGGGGUUCAGCGUUGGCGGGGGGCACAAGUUUGUGGAGCAGGAUGAUUGGUUCCACGACCGGCGGGUGUAUCUCGACGCGCUGGAGAACCAGCUGAAGGCGCUGCUCAAAGCCAUGGACAGCAUGGUGGCGCAGCGCAAGGCCAUGGCCGAGGCGGCGAGCGACUUCUCCGCGUCGCUGCACGCGCUGUCGACGGUCGAGCUGUCGCCCACGCUGUCCGGACCGCUCGACGCGCUGUCGGAGCUGCAGCUGACGAUCCGCGACGUCUACGACCGGCAGGCGCAGCAGGACGUGCUCACCUUCGGCAUCAUCAUCGACGAGUACAUCCGGCUGAUCGGCAGCGUCAAGCAGGCGUUCGCGCAGCGCCAGAAGGCCUUCCACAGCUGGCACAGCGCCGAGUCGGAGCUGAUCAAGCGCAAGGCCGCCCAGGACAAGCUGCUGCGCCAGGGCAAGAGCCAGCAGGACCGCCUCAACCAGGUCAACGCCGAGGUGGCGGAUGCCGAGCGCAAGGUGCACCAGGCCCGCCUGCUGUUCGAGGACAUGGGCCGGCUCAUGCGGUCCGAGCUGGACCGGUUCGAGCGAGAGAAAGUGGAGGAUUUCAAGUCUGGCGUCGAGACGUUUCUGGAGAGCUCCGUGGAGGCGCAAAAGGAGUUAAUCGAGAAAUGGGAGACCUUCCUCAUGCAGCUGGACGCCGAAGACGACGAGACCGUCUUCUACCGGCCGCCCGUGGUGCAGACCAAGAAGCCGGCCGGCGACACGGCCGUGGACCGGGCUCGGGCCAACAUCGACGAGGACUCGGAUUAA